AUGGCGGGUCAGCGUGGAACCCUGGUUGUUCUGGAAGGUGUAGACCGCGCUGGCAAAAGCACGCAGAACCGCAAGCUGGUGGUCACGCUGUGCGUUGCCAGCCACAGGGCCGAGCUGCUCCUUUUCCCGGAAAUAUCAACAGAAAUUGGGAAGCUUCUGAUCUCAUACUUGGAGAAAAAAAUCGAGAUGGGGGACCACUCGGUGUACCUGCUCUUCUCUGCCAACCGCUGGGAGCGAGUGCCUUGUUUAAUCAGGGACAAGUUGGACCAGGGCUUCACCUUCGUCGUGGACCGGUACGUCUUCUCUGGGGUCACCUUUAUAGCGGCCAAAGAGAGCUUCUCCCUGGAUUGGUGCAAGCAGCCAGACGUGGGCCUCCCCACGCCAGACCUGGUGCUGUUUCUGCAGCUGCAGCUGGCUGAGGCCACGCGGUGUGGUGGCUUUGACCAGGAGCGAUACGAGGACAGGGACUUCCAGGAGCGAGCUUUGGGCUGCUUCCAGCAGCUCAUGCAGGACCUGAGCCUGGUCUGGAAGACUGUCAACGCCUCCCGGAGCAUCGAGGAUGUGCACGAGGAGAUCCGCACCCUGACCGAGGAGGCCAUCCAUGCCACUGCGCACCAGUCGCUGGGGGCGGCUCUGGGUGUGGGUGCUUGGGCCAUGUGGUAG